AUGAGAUCCCUGAAACACCUUAAACAUCACUCCAGGAACAAUGUGGAGGAGGAGAGUAGCCGCUUGGUGCGGACCUACCCCAAGAUGACUGAGGGCCACGUGGAUGUGGGCACGCAGACGGAGCCUGUGGUGGUGCUAUCUCUGGCUCAGGCUGCCGUUCUGGGCCUCAUUUCCCAGAAUGAAAUAUUUGGGGCCACCAUUGCUCCUAAUGGCUUUUACACAGGGGAGCCCAGAGAGUGUCCCCCUCCUCCACCUGAGGCAAUGGAGUAUGAGUACGCAGAUCAACUAAUAGGGGCCAACGGGGACUACCUGGCUGAGCCUGCUGGGGAGCCGGAACCCCAGCCGCACUGCAGUGAGAGAAGACGGCCCGGGCCUCGCGGGAGGACCAAGAGGCCCAGGAGUGAGGAGGGUCACUCACACAAAAUAGCAAGUCCACAGGCUCAGGUUAAAGGUGAAAGGCUUGAGUCUGAUACCCCUCAGUCCUGCAUUCACAUGAAUAGCAGGCGAAGUACUGGAAAGUCGGAGGAUCCAGUCACCCAACAAGCUACUUUGAAAGAGGAGCAGGCCUGCGGAGACUGUCCCUCAUGCGUGAGACAUACACCCAGGCCACAAACAGACGGACAGCCAGAACAGGAAGAAGAAGAAGAAAAUGCUGGCAGAGAAAGAGAGAGGAAGGAAGAGGAUUUGGUGGUGGAGGAAGAAGAAGAGGCACUAAACCUCAAGACAAGAGGUGACACUGGCAGUCCUGUGGAGAGCCGCUAUUAUGAGUCCAAUGAGGUCGCCUACGAGUCCACUGACAUGGCCCUGCCAGGAGAGUAUGAGGAGAACGGCCAGGCCAUGCUGUGGUCAGACCCAGAGGGCCUUGCCAGACGAAUGCAGAUCGACCGGCUAGACAUCAACGUACAAAUUGACGAGUCUUACUGCGUAGAUGUUGGAGAGGGUCUCAAACGCUGGAAGUGCCGCAUGUGUGAGAAGUCAUACACAUCAAAAUAUAAUCUUGUCACUCACAUUCUGGGCCAUAAUGGAAUUAAGCCACAUGAAUGUCUACACUGUGGAAAGCUCUUCAAGCAGCCCAGCCACCUCCAGACUCACCUGCUCACCCACCAGGGAACCAGACCUCACAAGUGCACCGUUUGUGAGAAGGCCUUCACACAGACCAGCCACUUGAAGAGACACAUGCUGCAGCAUUCGGACGUAAAGCCCUACAGCUGCCGAUUCUGUGGCCGCGGCUUCGCCUACCCCAGCGAGCUGAGGACCCACGAGAACAAACACGAGAACGGUCAGUGCCAUGUCUGCACCCAGUGUGGUCUCGAGUUCCCAACCUACGCACACCUGAAGCGCCACCUGGCCAGCCACCAGGGCCCAACCACAUACCAGUGCACAGAGUGCCACAAGUCCUUUGCUUACCGCAGCCAGCUGCAGAACCACUUAAUGAAGCACCAGAAUGUGCGGCCCUACGUUUGCCCCGAGUGCGGCAUGGAGUUUGUCCAGAUCCACCACCUCCGACAACACGCCCUCACUCACAAGGGUAUGAAAGAAUUCAAGUGUGACGUCUGUGCUAGAGAAUUCACCCUGUCUGCCAACCUGAAGAGACACAUGUUGAUCCAUGCCAGUGUGAGACCCUUCCAGUGUCACGUUUGCUUCAAGACCUUUGUCCAGAAGCAAACCCUAAAAACGCACAUGAUUGUCCACCUGCCGGUCAAGCCUUUCAAAUGCAAGGUGUGCGGAAAGUCUUUUAACAGAAUGUACAACCUUCUCGGUCACAUGCACCUCCACGCCGGCAGCAAGCCCUUCAAGUGCCCUUACUGCUCUAGCAAGUUCAACCUGAAGGGCAACCUCAGCCGACACAUGAAGGUCAAACACGGCAUCAUGGACACCUCAAUAGAUGGACAUGAACCCCCCCCAGACACAGAGAGCCAUGAGGACUAUGAAGAGGAGAGCUUUGAAUUCAGCGAGCGAGAAAACCGAGCUAACAACAACAACACACCAGACAUUGCUAAACUAUCUCAAAUGGAGUAUUACAGCACCUAUGGGAAGGGAGCAGGGCGUUUCAGCACCGCAUGAAUUAUUGAAAUGACCCCAAAUUGAAUUUAAGUGUGAAAAUGGGAUUGUUUUUUUUGUUUGUUUUAAAAACGUGUUUGGGUUGUUCUUCAAGGAUGUGAAGAAACCCAUCAAACUGCACAUUCAUAUGCACUGGAAUCACUCGUAAUGCUUUUUACCUUAUUACAUAUUUUUCAUCUCUUCAAACACAGCAAAUCUACUGAAUAAAUAUAUUAUAUUGGAGAAAAGAGGAUCGUCCAAAACAGGAGGAUUUAGGUGAAAAAAACAAAUAUAUAUAUAUAAAACACAAAGAGGUUGUCAUUCGCUUAAAACAGUAACAUCAUCUGAGCUGAAUUUUUAAAAAAGCACAUUUUUAGCUACAAGCGUAAAAGCAUCUGGUGAUGUUACACUGCUCUUACUCAUUCAGACAAUCCCAGUCUCUCUGUCUGCUGGGGUAAACUAAUGUGAAGGGUUAAAGAAGGGAAGAGUUCAUUUCACUUGCCAAAGCUUAUCAAAUUGCAGAGGUUAAUGAUUCACUUUGAUUUAUACUGUAAUAAAUGACAUUAAGUCUCCAGAAUGAGAUGAUUAAAUUGGACUUGCAAUCUGUGUUUUAUUGUAUAUUAUUGUACAGAAUGUAUCAGUCCUCUUGUAUGUUGGCUGGGACUGUAUUCAGUGCGUUGCACUAAAAAGGACCAAAGUGUCUAUUUUUCUGCAUUAACAAGCAUCACCCUGUAUUGAUCUCUAGUCUAUGAAUGUAAAUGUUUCUGUGGAAUGUUUUAAGACGCUAAUGAAAACAAAAUCUAAAUACCCUUUUUUUAAUAGUAGGACCCCUUUACCAAAGAAUCAGAUCAAAUCUCGCAGCUACAGGGACUGUACGUCUCUUUUCCUUGCUGUUGUGUUGAGCAGGGACAUUGGAUUUCUUGGGGUCCAAUCGCAGACCUCAUGAAAUUACAUUCAGGUUCCCCUCCCACCCAUCUGUAGAUCUUCUCAAAAGAUUACCACAGAGAACAGACUGUGGUACAGCUUCUCUUUCAACAAACCUCACCAUUC